AAAAGGACCAGGCAUCUAUGUCCAACUCACUAUAUUAGUAGAAUUAACAAGUGGGAUUUGUCAUUUUCUGUCUACUUUAACAACAUGGUCAUCAGUUAAUUAUUAUAUAACUAUUGUAAUCCUGCAUUGACAUAUAUAGAGAAUCUCUACUUAAAGUUAUGAGAAUUGUCAGUCGAGUUCAAUUGUACAACACACACUCUGAUAGUCUUUAGCGAGUGGAAAAGAAAACGUAACACAGCAGUUCUGCGAUCAGCUUAUGAGAAAUGGAAGAUGACGCUGAAAUACCAGAGAACAAAAGUAUAAAGGAAGAUAAUUUGCUAGGGGAAGUGUACGCAAUAUCAGACAAACUGAAGUUGGAGAAAGACAAAAGGGACCAAUCACUAUCUGAGUUUGAAGGAACUUCAGAGGUUGAAAAUGUCAAGGAUCUGAUUAAAGGUAAUUAUGGAACCACUGAGGGUGAAAAAUUUUAUGCAUCACCCUUAGUUUCCAAAGCUGUCGAAGAAAAUGGUAGUUCAGUGGAAGUCCAUGUAUCAGUCGAUACACCAAACAAGUCAGAUGAACAGAUGUCCGGGAGUUCAUUCCAUCUGGGGGAGAAAGAAGAAGACAAAAGAGUAGAAAUCGUUUCUGCGGGAACACAGAAUCCAAGUGAAGAGAGUGAAACAUCAUGUGAAAUGAACAAUGUUGAGAAGAACACAUCUAUCCCCUUGACCGUCCGAGGAGAUGUUAGCUCUGCAAAAUAUAAAACGGAAGGGACAGACACUGGCGCAAUCAAAUCACCUGGCGACACUAAGGAUGAGAAGGCAGUCAAAGAUGAGAAUGACUACAAUGGUGAUAGAAAUAUUUUCAUAUCCCCCAAAUCAGAGUGCCAAAGAGGAGAGGACGAGAAAAAAGAGACAGGAGAUGGAGAGGGUGCUAGGAAUGUGCUUGUUAACUCAUUUGUUGAUGUUGUAGAAGAAACCAGGUCAGAUUAUGCUGAAUCAGAUACGAGUGCGAAACAUGGGGACAACUCAAUCGAGAAGGGAAACCAAGAUGUUGCUGACCAUCCAGCAGUAGAGGAAAAAACUGAAGAACUAGAAGUUGAAGAAAAACAUGAAAAACCAAUUAUUGAAGAGAAAACGAAAGAACCAAUAGUUACGGAGAAACAUGCAGAACCAGCGGUGGAAGAAAAACCUGAAGAACCAGCAGUUGAAGUAAAAACUGAAGAACCAGUUGUGCAAGAGAAACCUGAAGAAACAGAGGUUCAGGAGAAAUUUGAAAAAACAGAGGUUGAAGAGAAGCCCGAAGAACUAGUGGUUGAAGAAACACCAAAAGAACCAACACGAGAAAAAACAUCCGAAGAGUUAGAAUUUGAAGAAAAACCUGAGAAGGUAACUUUCUUGGAAAAGAAAAUACAAGUUGUAGACUCGAACGACAAAAGUGAGAAUGAACUUCCAUGCAAUACCAACAAUGAUGCUGCUAACUUUGCAGAAUUUGAGGAACCAGCAGUUGAAGAAAAACCUGAAAAACUAGAGAAACCUGAUUUACCAAUGGUUAGGGAGAAACGUGAAGAACCAAUGGUUGAGGAAAAAUCUGAAGAAUCAUUUGAGGAGAAAACUCGAAAAACAGAGGCUGGAGAGAAACCUGAAGAACCAACAGCUAAAGAAACACCUGAAGAACUAGCAGAGGAGGAAAUGCCUGAAGAGCUAGCCCUUGAAGAGAAACCUAGAGAACCAACCGUUGAAGAGACACUUGAAGAACUAGAUGUUGAAGAGAAAGCUGAAAAGAAAGCAAUUGAAGAGGAGAAACCUGAAACGGAAGCUCUUCAGGAGAAUAAUUCACCAAUUGAAAAGUCAAAGAACAAGACAGACAAUGCAAUUCAAUGCAAUACCAACAAUGCUAUUGCCGAUUAUGAAUCAGUUGAGGAAAAAACUGAAGAACCAGUAGUUGAAAAUAAACAUGAAGAACCAGCAAUUGAAGAGAGAUCUGAAGAGUCAGUGGUUAUGAAAAAACCUGAACAACCAGCAGUUGAAGAGAAAUCUGAAAAACCAGUAGCAAGAGAGGAACUUGAAGAACCAUCGAUUGAGGAGACACUAGAAGAACCAGCAGUUGAAGAUAAACCUGAAAAACCAGUAACUGAAGAAGCACCUGAAGAACCAACACAGGAAGAAACACCAAAUGAACAAGCAUUUGAAGAGAAACCUGAAAACCCAAUAACUGAAGAAGCACCUGAAGAACCAACACAGGAAGAAACACAAAAUAAACUAGCAUUUGAAGAGAAACCAGCAGUUGAAGAGGAGAAACCCAAAAAAGUAUCUCUUUUGGAAAAGAAAAUGCUAGUUGUAGACUCUAAGGACAACACUGAUAGUGAUAUUCUAUGCAAUACCAACAACGAUGCUGCUCACUAUCCAAAAACUGAGAAAAUAACCGAAGAACCAGCAGUUGAAGAAAAACCAGAAAACCCAAUUUUUGAAGAGAAACGUGAUGUAUCAGAGAUUAAAGAGAAACCUGAAGAACCAACGGUUGAGGAGAAACCUGAAGAACCAGCGGCUGAAGAGAAACCUAAGGAACGGACAGCGAAAGAAACACAUGAAGAGCUAGCAGGGGAGGAAACACAUGAAGAACUAGCAUUUGAAGAGAAACCUGAAGAACCAAUGGUUGAAGACAUACCUGAAAAACCAGCAGUAAUGGAGGAGGAGAAACCUUUAACAGAAGGGCUUCUGGAGAAGAAUUUGCCAAUUGUAGACUCAAAGGACAGGAUAGACAAUGCAAUUCCAUGCAAUACCACCAAUAAUGAUAUUGCUAACUAUGCAUCAGUUGAGGAAAAACCUGACGAACCAGCAGUUGGAAAAACACAUGAAGAAUUAGCAAUUGAAGAUAAAUCUGAAGAAUCAGUUGUUUCGGAGAAGCUUGAAGAACUAGUGGUUGAGAAAAAAACUGAACCGACAGUUGAAGAGAAACCUGAAAAACAAGCAGUUGGAGAGAAACAUGAAGAACCAGCCGUUGAAGAGGAGAAACCUGAAAAAAAUAUGCUAAUUGUAGACUUGAACGACAAAACUGGUAGUGAAAUUCCAUGCAAUACCGGUAAUGAUGUUGCUCACUUUCCAGACAUUGAGGAAAAUCCUGAAGAAUCGGCAGUUGAAGAAAAAACUGAAGAAUCAGUCAUUGAACAGAAACCUGGUGUACCAGCAGUUAAGGAGAAACCUGAAGAACCAACAUUUGAGGAGAAAUCUGAAGUACUAGUUGAGGAGAAACCUCAAGAACCGGCGUCUAAAGAGAGACCUGAAGAAGCGGCAGCUAAAGAAACAGUUGAAGAGCUAACAAAGGAGGAAGCACCUGAAGAACUAGCACUUGAAGAGACACCUGAAGAACUAGUUCUUGAAGAGAAAGAUGAAGAAACAGCUAUUGAAGAGGAGGAACUUGUUAGGAAAGCUCUUCAGGAGAAGAAAUUGCCGAUUGUAAACGCAGAGGACAAUACAGACAAUGCAAUUCCAUGCAAUACCAACAAUGACAUUGCUAACUAUGCAUUAGUUGAGGAAAAAACUGAAGAACCGGUAGUUGAAGAGAAAUCUGAAGAAUCAGCUAUUGAAGAGAAAUCUGAAGAAUCAAGGGUUUUGGAGAAACCAGAAGAACCAGAGGUUGAGAAAAUACCUAAACAGCCGACAAUUGAAGAGAAACCUGAAAACCCAACAGUUGGAGGAGAAAAGCUUGAAGAACCAUUGGUUGGAGAGACAACUAAAGAACCAACAAUUGAGGAGAAACCUGAAAAAACAGUAACUGAAGAAACACCCAAGGAACUAUCAUUUGAAGAGAAACAUGACGAACCAACCGUAGAAGAGGAGAAACUUGAAAAGGUAACUCUUUUGGAAAAAGAUAUGCUAAUUGUAGACUCGAACACCAAAACUGGCAGUGAAAUUCCAUGCAAUACCAAUAAUGAUGUUGCUCACUCUCCAGACAUCAAGGAAAAUCCUGAAGAAUCGGCAGUUGAAAUAAAAAAUGAAGAACCAGUCAUUGAAGAGAAACCUGAUGUACCAGCAGUUGAGGAGAAACCUGAAGAACCAAAAUUUGAGGAGAAAUCUGAAGUACCAGCUGAGGAGAAACCUCAAGAACCAGCGACUGAAGAGAAACCUGAAAAACCGGCAGCUAUAGAAACAGCUGAAGAACUAGCACUUGAAGGGAAACCUGAAGAACUAACAGUAGAAGAUACAUCUGAAGAGCUAGUUGUUGAAGAGAAAGAUGAAAAACCAGCAAUUGAAGAGGAGGAACCUGAAAUGGAAGCUCUUCAGGAGAAGAAUUUGCCAAUUGUAAACUCAAAGAACACAACAGACAAUGCAAUUCCAUGCAAUACCAACAAUGACAUUGCUGACUAUGCAUCAGCUGAGGAAAAUACUGAAGAACCAGAAGUAGAAGAGAUAUCUGAAGAAUCAGCUAUUGAAGAGAAAUCUGAAGAAUCAAGGGUUUUGGAGAAACCAGAAGAACCACCGGUUGAGAAAAUACCUGAACAACCGACAAUCGAAGAGAAACCUGAAACACCAACAGUGGGAGAAAAGCUUGAAGAACCAUCAGUUGAGGAGACGAUCAAAGAACUAAAAAUUGAGGAGAAACCUGAUAAACAAGUAACUGAAGAAACACCCAAGGAACUAGCAUUAGAAGAGAUACAUAAAGAGCCAGCAAUGAAAGAGGAGAAACCUGAAAAGGUAACUCUUUUGGAAAAGAAUAUGCUAAUUGUAGACUCGAACACCAAAACUGGCAGUGAAAUUCCAUGCAAUACCAAUAAUGAUGUUGCUCACUCUCCAGACAUUGAGGAAAAUCCUGAAGAACCGGCAGAUGAAAUAAAAAAUGAAGAACUAGUCAUUGAAGAGAAACCUGAUGUACCAGCAGUUGAGGAGAAACCUGAAGAACCAACAUUUGAGGAGAAAUCUGAAGUACCAGCUGAGGAGAAACCUCAAGAACCGGCGACUGAAGAGAAACCUCAAGAACCGGCAGCUAUAGAAACACCUGAAGAACUAGCACUUGAAGAGAAACCUGAAGAACCAACGGUUGAAGAUACAUCUGAAGAGCUAGUUGUUGAAGAGAAAGUUGAAAAACCUGCAAUUGAAGAGGAGGAACCUGAAAUGGAAGCUCUUAAGGAGAAGAAUUUUCCAAUUGUAAACUCAAAGAACACAAUAGACAAUGCAAUUCCAUGCAAUACCAACAAUGACAUUGCUGACUAUGCAUCAGUUGAGGAAAAAACUGAAGAACCAAUAGUUGAAGAGAUAUCUGAAGAAUCAGCAAUUGAAGAAAAAUCUAAAGAAUCAAGGGUUUCGGGGAAACCAGAAGAACCAGCGGUUGAGAAAAUACCUGAACAACCGACAGUUGAAGAGAAACCUGAAAAACCAACCGUGGGAGAAAAGCUUGAAGUACCAUCAGUUGAGGAGACAAUCAAAGAACCAAAAAUUGAGGAGAAACCUGAAAAACAAGUAAUUGAAGAAACACCUAAGGAACUAGCAUUUGAAGAGAUACAUGAAGAACCAGCCAUGGAAGAGGAGAAACCUGAAAAGGUAACUCUUUUGGAAAAGAAUAUGCUAAUUGUAGACUCGAACGAAAAAACUGGCAGUGAAAUCCCAUGCAAUACCAAUAAUGAUGUUGCACACUCUCCAGACAGUGAGGAAAAUCCUGAAGAAUCGGCAGUUGAAGAAAAAACUGAAGAACCACUCAUUGAAGAGAAACCUGGUGUACCAGCUAUUAAGGAGAAACCUGAAGAACCAACAUUUGAGGAGAAAUCUGAAGUACCAGUUGAGGAGAAACCUGAACUAGCGAUUACAGAGAAACCUGAAGAACCGGCGACUAUAGAAACACCUGAAGAGCUUGCAGGGGAGGAAACACCUGAAGAACUAGCUCUUGAAGAGAAACCUGAAGAACCAACAGUUGAAGACACAUCUGAAGAACUAGUUGUUGAAAAGAAAGAUGAAAAACCAGCAAUUGAAGAGGAAGAACCUGAAACGGAAGCUCUUCAGGAGAAGGACAAGACAGACAAUGCAAUUCCAUGCAAUACCAACAACGACAUUGCUGACUAUGCAUCAGUUGAGGAAAAAACUGAAGAGCCAGUAGUUGAAAAAAAACAUGAAGAACAAGCAAUUGAAGAGAAAUCAGAAGAAACAGCGGUUUCAGAGAAGCCAGAAGAACCAGUGGAUGAGAAAAAACCUGAACCACCGGCAAUUGAAGAGAAACCUAAAGAAACAACAAUGGAAGAGAAGCUUAAAGAACCAUUGGUUGAGGAGACAAUUGAGGAGAAAGCUGCAAAACCAAUAACUGAAGAAGCACCUGAAGAACCAAAACGGGAAGAAACACCUAACGAACUAUUAUUUGAAGAGAAACCAGCACUUGAAGAGGAGACAUCCAAAAAGGUAGCUCUUUUGGAAAAGAAUAUGAUAGUUGUAGACUCAAACGACAAAACUGGCAGUGAAACUCCAUGCAAUACCAAUAAUGAUGUUGCUCACCCUCCACAAGUUGAGGAAAAUCUUGAAGAGUCAGUAGUUGAAGAAAAACCUGAAGAACCAACUAUUGAAGAGAAACUUGAUGUACCAGCGGUUAAGGAGAAACCUGAAGAACCAGUGGUUGAGGAGGAACCUCAAGAACCAGUGGCUGAAGAAACACCUGAAGAGCUAGAAGGGGAGGAAACACCUGAAGAAUUAGCACUUGAAGAGAAAACUGAAGAACCAACGGUUGAAAAGACACCUAAAGAACUAAUUGUUGAAGAGGAGAAACCUGAAACAGAAGCUCUUCUAGAGAAGAAUUUCCCAAUGGAAGACCCAAAGGACAAGAUAGAUAAUGCAAUUCCUUGCAAUACCAACAAUGAUAUUGCUGACUAUGAAUCAGUCGAGGAAAAACCUCAAGAACUAGUAGUUGAAAAAGAACAUGAUGAAACAAUGAUUGAAGAAAAAUCUGAAGUAUUGGCUGUUAUGGAGAAGCCUGAAGAACCAGCGGUUGAGAAAAAACUUGAAGAACUGGCAGUUGAAGAAGAACGUGAAAAACCAACUGUGGAGGAGAAAUUUGAAGAACCAUCGGCUGAGGAGAAACUUGAAGAACCAAAGGUUGAAGAGAAACCUGAAAAGACAAUAACUGAAGAGACACCCAAAGAAUCAACACGGGAAGAAACACCUAAUGAACUAGCAUGUGAAGAAAAACCUGAAGAGCCAGCAGUUGAAGAGGUGAAACCUGAAGAACCAACAAGUGAAGAGGAGAAACCAGAAAAGAAUUUGCUAGUUGCAGACUCGAAGGAAAAAACUGACAAUAAAAUUCCCUGCAAUACUAGCAACGAUGCUGCUCACUUUCUAGAAGAUGAGAAAAACCCUGAAAAACCAGCAGCUGUGGAAAAACCGGUUAUUGAAGAGAAACUUGAUAUACCAGCAAUUAUGGAGAAACCUGAAGAACCAACAAUUGAGGAGAAAUCUGAAGAACCAGUUGAAGAGAAACCUAAAGAACCAACUGUUGAAGAGAAACUUGAAGAACCAACAACUAAAGAAACACAUGAAGAGCUAGCAGGGGAGGAAACACCUGAAGAACUACCACUUGAAGAGAAACCUGAAGAACCAAUGGUUGAAGAGACCUCUGAAGAGAUAGCUGUUGAAGAGAAACAUGACAAACCAGCAAUUGAAGAGGAGAAACCAGAAAUGGAAACUCUCCUAGAGAAGAAUAUGCCAAUUGUAGACUCAAAGGACAAGAUUGACAGUGAAAUUCUAGGCAAUUCAAACAACGAUGUUGCUUACUAUCCAACAGUUGAAGAUAAAGCUGAAGUACAGGUAGUUAAAGAAAAACAUGAAAAACAAGUGAUUGAAGAGAAACGUGAAGAACCAGCGGUUAAUGAAAAAACUGAUGAACCAGCAGUGACAGAGAAACCUGAAGAACCGGCUGUGGAAAAAAAAACUGAAGAACAAGUUUUCGAGGAGAAACUUGAAGAACCAACAGUUGAAGAGAAAUCUGAAGAACCUGUAGUUGAAGAAACACCUGAAGAUCUAGCAGAUGAAAAGAACCUUGAGAAACUAGUAAUCGAAGAGAAACCUGAAAAGGUAACUUUGUUGGAAGAGGAUAUGUCAGCUAUAGAUUCAAACGGGAAGACUGACACUGAAACUCCAUGCAAUACCAACAUUGAUGUUGCUGACUAUCCAGCAGUUGAGGAAAAAACUGAAGAACCAAUGGUUGAGGAAAAACAUGAGGAACCAAUUGUUGAGGAUAAACCUGAAGAACCAGUUAUAAAUGAGAAACUUCAAAUUUUGGCAAUUGAAGAAACGCUUGAAGAGCAAGCAAGAGCGGAAACACCUGAAGACCUAACAGUUGAAGAGAAACCCAACAAACCAGCAGUUGAAGAGACACCGGAAGAACUAGCUAUUGAACAGAAAUCUGAAAAACAAGCAGUUGAAACGGUGACUCUCUUGGAAAAGAAUAUGCCAGAUACGGACUCAAGUCACUCAACAGACAAGAUUAAUGGUGAAAUUCUGUGCAACGACAACAGUGAUGUUUCUGACUAUUCAGCUGUUGAGGAAAAACAUGAAGAAAUAGUAAUAGAAAAAAAAUAUGAGGAACUAGCACUGAAAGAGAAACCUAAAGAACCAGUUGUAUCGGAGAAAUUCGAAGAACUAAUGGUUGAGGAGACACCUGAAAAAUUAGUAGUUGAAGAAAAGCUUGACGAACCAGUUGCAGGGGAAGAAACAGUUGAUAAACCAGCACGGGAAGAAACACCUGACAAACAAGUAGCUGAAGAGAAACAUGAAGAAGUAGUUGUUGAAGAGAAACUAGAGAAAGCAGCAGCUGAAAAGGUAACGCCCCUCGAAAAGCAGAAUAAGCAUGUUGUAGACUCAAAUGAUAAGACUGGCAAUGAAAUUUCAUGCAAUACCGACAAUGAUUUUGCUGAAAUUGAGGAAAAACCCGAAGAUUCAGCAGUUGAAGAGAAACUCAAGGAAUCGACAGUUGAAGAGAAACGGGAAGAACUUGCCAUCGAGGAGAAACCCGAAGAACCAAAAAUUGAGGAGAAACUCGAAGAACCAGAGAAACCUAACAAACCAGCAGUUGAAGGGACACCUGAACAACUAGUUGACGAGAAACCUCGAGAAAUUUCAUGCAAUACCAUUGAAGUUGAGGAAACGCCUGAACAUUCAGCAGUUGAAGAGAAACCAGUGGAACCGACAGUUGAACAGAAACCAGCAGAACCAGUUGUUAGGGAGAAACUUGAAGAAUCAAAAGUUGAGGAGAAACCCAAAGAACCAGCGGUUGAGGAGAAAUCCGACGAACCAGUGAUUGAAGGGACACGAGAAGAACCUGUGGCAAAAGAAACACCUGAACAACCAAUGAUUGAAGAGAAACCUCAAGAACCAGAAGUUCAAGAGAAACCAAAAGAACCAACAGUUCAAGAGAAACUUGAAGAACCAACAAUUGAUGAAAAACUUGAGGAACCAGCAAGAAUUGGAGAAAAACCUGAAAAACUAGCAGUUGAAGGAAAACCUGAAGAACCAGCAGUUGAAGUAACACCCAAACCAAAAAUUGAAGAGAAACCCCAAGAAUCAGUGAUUGAGGAGCAAUCUCAAGAACCAGAGGUGAAAGAAACACCUGAAGAACCAGUGGUUAAAGAGACACGUGAAGAGCUAGCAGUUGAAAAGAAACCUGAAGAACUAGCAACUGAAGAACAAGUAGUUGACCAAAAACUUGAGGAACCAACAGUUGAGGUGAAACCUGAAGAAGCUACAGUUGAUGAAAAACAUGAAGAACCAUCAGUUGAGGAGAAACCUGAGGAAUCAGCAGUUGAGAACUUUGAAGAACCAACAGUUAAGGAAAAACCUGAAGAACCACCAGUUGAAGAAGAACCAGAGGAUCCAGCAGUUAAAGAGAUACAUGAAGAACUAGCAGGUAAAGAGAAACUUGAAGAACCAAUAAUUGAAGAGAAACCUAAAGAACCACCAAUUGAAGAAGAACCCAAAAAACAAAACAGGGAAGAGACAGAAGCUGCCACUGAAAGAAUUGAUGAAUCUGAAACACAUAAUGUAGAGAAAGAAGAAGCUUUGAUUGAAAAACAGGCAGAACGGUUUGUCAAAGAAACAGCACAACCUUGCAAAGAAGUUGAAACUGAGAUAAAAGAACUUAAAGAUAUCAAUGCUGGUGAUGAGUCAAACAAUAAUGCCCUACAAAAAGAAGAAACGACUCUAGAGGAACUUCUAACAUCCGCCAAAGAAGAGAUGGCGGCAAAUAACUUUGAAGAAGGCAAAGUGGUUUCAGAAAUCCCCAAUCAAGAGAAUGGUCAGCAAGCCAAUCUAACCACAGAAGAGGCUAAUGACGCCCAUGGAGCAGAGAACGUAACUGAACUUUCUUCAGAAGAAAUGAGGGUGGAGGACUGUAUUAACAAGGUUGAAAGCUCUGAUUUCGGGUUCCAAAAUCAUAAUAAGUACAGCCCAGAUGCAGAUAAGCUUGAGCUACAAAACAGAGAAAUAGAUAUUAGCUAUAUUCUCGAUACUCCGGUUGAAAAAGAAACAAAUGGAAGAAACAGUGAAAAGAUAUCUGAAUCCACAGAAGAACUUAUCCAUCAGACAUCUGAGAUUUCUGAAGAAAACAAAGCAGCAGUAGAUACAGACACCAAUACAUUACAAAGCUGUGCAGAUCCACAUGAACAACUGAAGCAUCAGUUAGCUGAGCUACGCGAAGAGAAACAGGCAGGAGGAAUAGCAGACACCAAUACUUUACAAAGGUCUGCAGACCAUGAGGAGCCUUACAGUGCACCUGCUCAGGAGAUCAUUGACAAAUCAGAAACAGAGGAUAUUUCUUGUGCGGAUUGCCUUGAAGAAGAAAAUAGCCUCAGAACCAACCAAGAGAAGUUAAAAGAGGGAGAAAAUUCAGAAGUGAAGACAGAUGAAAAUUUUGACAAGGGAGAUGAAUUCCAAAGCAUAAUGAUGUUGAAAGGAGUUGAAAAGGAUGAUUACAAGCAGCAUAUAAAACACAACACAUGUGCAGUCAUGGAUACAGAAGAGCAGAAUGAAGAUUCACCUGCUGGAGAACAAACAUCCGAAAAGCUAGAAGAACUGGAGAAAAUUGAUAUUGAUGACAAUAAAAAUAUUAAUCAUCAAAGUACUGAGACAAACCUCCCAGAAGAGGCCACAGAAUCAAAGAGUGAAUGUGUUACGAUGGAAAUCAAGACUCCAAUCAAAGAGGAGGAACAAGAAGAAGAUUUAAGAGAGACCACCGGCGAAGAUUCCUCAAACAACAACACAACACAGGUGCAAAAAGAGGAGGAAACAACAAUAAGUGAACCCGAAAGAGUAAGUUUGGAACCUUUUGGAUCAGAACGAAAAACAGCAGCAGGUUCCGGAGAGAUGAUAACAUGCAACGAAACAAACAAAAUACAUGAAGUAAGAGUUGAAAAUGCUCCAGUUGCCCAAGUAGGACGUGUGCCAGAGGAAAAGACAAGGGGCGAAGAGGAAAAAGUAACCAAGCAUUUCACAUCAUUGAAAUCUGUUACGGUUUCGGAAAAGGAGAUAGCGAUGGAUAACAUGGUGAGCAAUGAGAGCAACACAACUAAGCAGAUACAAGAGCAAGCAGCAUAUCCUCUACUUACAUUGGAGAGAGAGGAAACUAUUCCAACAAGCAGCACUGAUGCCAAUGGUACUCCCAAAGACAGCAUUACCCCACAUAUGGAACUGGGUGCAGAGGCCAAAAAUAUCCAGUACAUGCAGGAAAAAUGCAAAACUUCUGAAACAGAACAACAUCAGGAAAAUUAUGAAAACAAGAAAGAAGUUGAAUGUGAUUUAAAAGAAGUACCAGAGGAAUCCAUAUCGAGAGAGACACAAGCUAAGGCCGCACUAUCUGACCUUGUGCAUGUAUCAACAAAAGAGACAUCAAAAAUUGAGGAAGACUUUGCUGAAGAAAGAGAAGGCAACGACAGAGAAGAGGAAGGAAUUCAAAAAAAAAGAGAAGUGUCAAGUUCUGAAGAUCCAGUGAUCGUAGAAAUCUCCAGAGAUGCUGAUAUCAAAGUUCCUCCCAAAAAACAUCAGAACAUAUUGUCAGGAGUUGGAUCAAAAGUCAAGCACUCAAUUGCAAAGGUGAAGAAAGCCAUCACUGGUAAGUCCUCUCAGACCAAGACAUCAUCACCAAAGUAAGGCGGAGAAAAAAGAUCAAGACUUCACAUUAUUCAAAGUUGUAAGUACUCAAGAAAAACAAAGUGAAAAGCUUUUCAGCUACUCUAGUUUUUAAUAAAGUAGAAAAGUUUGUUCAGAAUGUGUAAUCUUAUUGUAUUAGGAGUUCCAUAAUUAUUGGAUACAUACUAGCAACUUCUCAGCGACAACUCAAUAACAUCAACCAGUUCCACCA